UGUUGGAUCAGUAAAAACUUUACUUCCGCUUCGCAUGAAGCUCAGGUCACAGGUGUAGUGAUUUAAGCAGGAUUCAGUUGUUAGUCCUCCAUGGGGCAGUGCUGGACUCAGCUAUGCGGACCGGGCAACGAGGAUGAAGGCAAUACGGGUUCAGCAGAGCUUGCUGGGGGAAAUGUUCAACUGGUGACGACCAUGGAGAAGUGGGAAGAGUUGAUAUCUGAAGCAAACAAUAAUGGCCAGAGCGUGCUGGUAAAUUUCAGUGCAUCGUGGUGCAAUCCUUGCCGACAAGCAGCACCGGCGUACCGCGAGCUCGCGGACAAGCAUACCACGGUCAUGUUUAUUACCGUGGACGUUGACAAGUUAGCGGAGUUUAGUUCUUCGUGGGAUAUAAAAGCGACGCCGACGUUCUUCUUCCUGAAAGAAGGGCGGCAGGUGGACAAGUUGGUCGGCGGCAGCAAGCAGGAGCUGGAGAAGAGAAUACUCGCCAUGGCGGAGACACCGGCAGCGGCCGCCGCCGCCACCGCAAGUUGAUGAUGAUAGAGUUUGGUCGGUUGAUUCAUUCAAACACUAAACGCUACAUACUAUAAUUGUAGAAAGAAAGAAAGCAAAGAGACACGGAGAAGAGAAAAUUGUGCAGAUAUUUGUUGCAAAUCAAAUUCUGGGUUUUGUCGCUCGUGAAAGUUUGCAAAUUUUUAAAUUUUCAUACCUUUUGUAUUUUGGCUAGAGAAAUUAAUUACAACUUUUCUUGGGGAGAAA